AUGGCGCCUCUACGCAGAGAGGCAACCGGCGCGCCGGUUGUGACGCUCGGGACGUACGAUGGCGGCUUGAUGGGCUACACCGUCGAGAAAACCGCAGAAAACUCCCUCGAUCUCAAGGUUUCCUUCGCUGUAAAUGCUCACGUGGGAUGCGUGAAGGCGAUCGCCAGCAGCCCCAGUCUGCUGCUCACAGGAAGCACCGACGAGAGUAUCCGGAUCUUCAGUUUGGCGACGCGCCGCGAGCUGGGCGUGUUGACCAACACGACUCCGGGAACAGUCACCUGUCUGGCGCUGGUCGGGGACGCCUUUCUGCUCUCUGGCGACGAGCGCGGGCGGCUGAAGCUCUGGCGGGGGCCUGACUGGGCGCUGCUGCGGAGCCUCGACACCACUCAGGCGCCUAAGGCCGCCGGCGCGAAGCGGCAAGCGGGAAGGUGCAAAGGCGCCGGUGACAACGCACACGAAGAAGAGGAUGAAGACGUCGCGCAGGGACGCAGAGCCGUGACGAGCCUUGCAGUCCACCCCAGCGGCCGCCUCGCCCUCGUCUUGACCGGAGACGCCAGCCUCCAAAUCUGGAACCUCCUCGCAGGCACCUGCGCCGCACGACAGGCUCUCAAGGGUGAGCAGCCGACUGAAGGCGUGAGGUGGGCUCCGCAUGCGGACGCCGCAGUCUACGGUCUGCUGUCGAGCCGCGAAGUCUCUCUUCACAACGUGAGCGACCCAACUCGUUCUGCGGUGGUCUCUGUGGAGGCGGUUGAUGGAAGGCUCGCCGGCGACAACGACGGAAGACCUCCGCGGUGGACUGCGUUCUGCUUCGCCCUGGAGUCGCUGCUUCUCGUUGGAGACUCCAACGGUUGCGUCUGGGGCGUGAGGCUGCCGGCGGCGCUGCUCGCCGCGGAGGAGAAAUCCGACGCGCCUGCCUUGCAGCCGUCCUUCUGCUUCAGGGGAUCGCAUGCGUCGCGCAUAAAGGGCUUGGAGCUCCUCAGCUGCGCGCAGAUUUCUUCCUUGGCCGCGCAAAUUUCUUUCGUCAGUGCCGACGCGAACGGCUGCGUGCAUGCGUGGAGUUUCGAGUGCGUGAGUUCGGCCUCGCGCGCUGAAGACGGCAACGCAAAGAAAGGAAAAUCUAAUCUCCAAGUCAUUCAACCGGAAGCGACUGUAGACACCAAAUGCCGCGUGACUUGCCUCUCUAGCAGCGCGGCGGGCGCCUUCGCGGGCAGUCCGCGCAGCCCCGAGCGCACGUCUGAGCAGGCAGAAGAGGCAAGCGAAGACGACGCGGAGCCGCUCGCAGGCGAGACGCAUACCGGGAAGGCAGGAACGAGGAGCCGAAACGCCGCCCAGGGCUUUCGGCUGAGGUCCCAGGACGGCUGGCGUGAGGCUCCACACAAGAAGGCGACGCACGCCGCGGCUGAGGGGAAGCGGAAGUGCGCGUGGGGUCCUCAGGCCGACUUCUGCGCGGCGAAGAGAAAACGAGAAAACGCUGCCGCGUGUCCCGCAAAGGGCAACGAGAACGGCAAGAGAAAGAAGGAGAAAAUGCGGGAAAAAGGCAAGAAAAAGCUGACCUAG